GACUGCGAUAUCUGCAAUCAAGAAUACAAAAUAUGUCUCGAGCGCGCAUCUUCCUCAAUCGCACUCCUUUCACAGCGCCUUGUCGGGCUUCGCGCCAAUUCGUCCGCCACUCCCGCAAUGCCCAAAUCCUCGAGCUUCCCCUCCAAUCCCGCAUCCGCUGGUCCUACCUGUGGUACGCCAGCAUCCUCGCCCUAGGAAUAACAACUGGCAUGGGUGCCCGCCAUUUCGCUGCGCCGCUCGGUCUUCCUGAGCCCGGUUCGCCAGAUGAUGACCUAAUCCUUGAUUCCCUCAGCCGCGACGUUGACGCUCUGGAGAUUGUACAAUCACUCCGAUCGCAAUCAUACAACCUACACACCGAUACUGCCCUCCGGUCAGGACCAGGAUUGACGUCUGCACCUGCUCCCGGAAGUCGGAAGAUAUCAGCUUACAAAGGAUGGCUGGAGCUGGAUUUAGAUUUCGGUAGGGAGAAUGACGGGAAGAAAGGCGUUUUGGGUACUAUGGGCGGGGCAAGGGGACUGGGAGUGCAGAGGGCAUUUUGGAAUGCCGAGACCAGAGAGAUGGUGGCGGUGGUAUGGAUUGGAGGAGGACUGAGUGGCUGGCCAGGCGUCGCGCAUGGAGGGGCUAUAGCGACUAUCUUUGAGGAGAUUUUUGCGAGAAUGGCGAAGGGUCCAGAUGGACUUGUUGAACCAGUCCAUCGCCCCGACUCUCUUUCCUUGACCUACGCGAAACCUACGCACAGCCUCGAUUUCUACGUCAUACGCGCUGCUUUCUCCAAACCUGAUCUGCCACAGUCUGAACCACCACCUGAGCCGGAAUCUGAACCUACAAAGAGCUGGUUGGCAUGGCUGUCACCAAAGAAGGACCUCACAAAGAAGCCACAGGCUUCCAAUCAGGAGAUCAUUGCGACCCUUGAGAAUAUCAAGGGGGAGUUGUGUGUAAAAGCUAAAGGCACUUUUGGCAAAUUGUGAUUGAAUUGAUAGAAGGUAUGACGGAAAAUUUGGGAGCGCAGUAGCGCAGAGUCGGUAAUCCGAUGUGCACAAUGAGAUACCCACGAGCGAAGAGCGAGUUUUGAAAUGCACCUACCCCUGUCUCAACAACAUGCGUUUAAUUUUAUGUUGAGCCAUAAAUCAAUCGGGAGCUUUGAUGUGCGCACUAUGUGGAAACUGUUUUCUCAGUACACGCUCGUUUUAGAAGUUUACGGGGUUGCCAGAGUUUUUCAAUGCCA